AUGCUGGCCCCCCUCGCGUGGGCAGAGGAACCAUCGGGCGUGUUCUCUGAGGUUGGGGAAGUCGCAGGCGGUGUCGAUACGCCCGGUGCUGCGGCGGGCGUCGUCGACGGCGCUGGCGACUCCCCGGAAGGCGCCGGCGACUCACUGGAAGGCGCCGGUGCGGGGGUCGUCGCCGUCGGCGGCGCCGCGGGGGCAGUAACCGGCGUCGGAGAUGCCACCGGGGCUGGCGAGGCGGCGGCAGGAGGGGGGCUCACGGCCGGCGGCGGGGAGGAUGCUGGUGAGGGGGACGACGCUGGUGGCGGGGACGAGACCGGCGGCGGGGACGACACUGGUGGCGGGGAGGAAGCUGGUGGCGGAGAAGAUGCUGGUGACGGGGUGGCGACGGGCGGAGGUGGGGAGGCAGCAGGAGGUGGCGGGGAGGCUGUCGGUGGCGGAGUGGAGGCCGGAGGCGGCGGUGUGGCGGUGGGCGCUGCGGCCGGAGACUGGGCAACGGAGGUGGCCACCAGAGCCAGGCAGAGAACGAGGGAGAGGGCCACGCGGGUCGGAGCCAUUGCCUCGCGCGGGGGAAGAAGGCCUGCUGUGGGCGAUUAUUCCCCCGGGAGAUGGAGAUAUAGAGUGCUGCAGUCGAUAGGUGAGUCUAUGGAUGAAGAGUACAGAGGGAAGCCAGCGUAA